AUGGCCCAUGCCAUGGCUUGUAGAGCUCACUGCUCCUGCAACCUUCAUGCCACUGCGUCACAUGCACCUGCCGAGCUCAAGGCAGGCAGCCGCCCCCAGGCUGACCUGCACACGGCUCACCUGCACACGAGGGCAUUGUCUCACCUGCACACGAGGGCAUUGUCUCACCUGCACACGAGGGCAUUGUCUCACCUGCACACGAGGGCAUUGUCUCACCUGCACACGAGGGCAUUGUCUCACCUGCACACGAGGGCAUUGUCUCACCUGCACACGAGGGCAUUGUCUCACCUGCACACGAGGGCAUUGUCUCACCUGCACACGAGGGCAUUGUCUCACCUGCACACGAGGGCAUUGUCUCACCUGCACACGAGGGCAUUGUCUCACCUGCACACGAGGGCAUUGUCUCACCUGCACACGAGGGCAUCGUCUCACCUGCACACGAGGGCAUCGUCUCACCUGCACACGAGGGCAUCGUCUCACCUGCACACGAGGGCAUCGUCUCACCUGCACACGAGGGCAUCGUCUCACCUGCACACGAGGGCAUUGUCUCACCUGCACACGAGGGCAUUGUCUCACCUGCACACGAGGGCAUUGUCUCACCUGCACACGAGGGCAUUGUCUCACCUGCACACGAGGGCAUUGUCUCACCUGCACACGAGGGCAUUGUCUCACCUGCACACGAGGGCAUUGUCUCACCUGCACACGAGGGCAUUGUCUCACCUGCACACGAGGGCAUUGUCUCACCUGCACACGAGGGCAUUGUCUCACCUGCACACGAGGGCAUUGUCUCACCUGCACACGAGGGCAUUGUCUCACCUGCACACGAGGGCAUUGUCUCACCUGCACACGAGGGCAUUGUCUCACCUGCACACGAGGGCAUUGUCUCACCUGCACACGAGGGCAUUGUCUCACCUGCACACGAGGGCAUUGUCUCACCUGCACACGAGGGCAUUGUCUCACCUGCACACGAGGGCAUUGUCUCACCUGCACACGAGGGCAUUGUCUCACCUGCACACGAGGGCAUUGUCUCACCUGCACACGAGGGCAUUGUCUCACCUGCACACGAGGGCAUUGUCUCACCUGCACACGAGGGCAUUGUCUCACCUGCACACGAGGGCAUUGUCUCACCUGCACACGAGGGCAUUGUCUCACCUGCACACGAGGGCAUUGUCUCACCUGCACACGAGGGCAUUGUCUCACCUGCACACGAGGGCAUUGUCUCACCUGCACACGAGGGCAUUGUCUCACCUGCACACUGAGGGCAUUGUCUCACCUGCACACGAGGGCAUUGUCUCACCUGCACACGAGGGCAUUGUCUCACCUGCACACGAGGGCAUUGUCUCACCUGCACACGAGGGCAUUGUCUCACCUGCACACGAGGGCAUUGUCUCACCUGCACACGAGGGCAUUGUCUCACCUGCACACGAGGGCAUUGUCUCACCUGCACACGAGGGCAUUGUCUCACCUGCACACGAGGGCAUUGUCUCACCUGCACACGAGGGCAUUGUCUCACCUGCACACGAGGGCAUUGUCUCACCUGCACACGAGGGCAUUGUCUCACCUGCACACGAGGGCAUUGUCUCACCUGCACACGAGGGCAUUGUCUCACCUGCACACGAGGGCAUUGUCUCACCUGCACACGAGGGCAUUGUCUCACCUGCACACGAGGGCAUUGUCUCACCUGCACACGAGGGCAUUGUCUCACCUGCACACGAGGGCAUUGUCGAGCGAGCCACCCCUGAUGAGCCCCGCUGCUCGCAUCUGCUCCACCUGCGGCGACGGGGGCAGGAAGGUGCAGGAGGACGCAGAAGGUACGGGCAGGGGCAAUGCCCGACACAUAGUCGCCACACUCCCCACCCUGCUCCCCAUGCUCCCCAUGCCCCCCCUGCGCUGCUGCCCCCGAUGGCCGCUCUGCUGCUCCACCUGGUUCCUCUCCUGCGCCCCGGUGUUGCUCUGCUGCCCGCGGUUGCGCUGGCUGCUGUGAGCGGCACGGCUCCCACGACACCCACUGCCGCCCGAUGGCCGGCACCUGUGAGCGUGCAGGGAGUUGAGAGGGUCAACGGGGACAAUGCACAGUGCUGA